AUGUUCUUAUUGCAUGAAAUAAAUGGUGCUUGUUACAUAGUUUUAUAUGUAUGCAGGGUUGUGUUGCCUCCCCUUAAUUCAACUAUGUCAUUCAUGAAAUGUGUAAUUUUAUCUAUGAUUAUAUUAGUGUAUAAAUCGUUUGAUAUUAUUAAUAUUGAACCAGAAUUGAAGUCAAUUUUCAAGAAUACAUUUCUAUAUAAGUUGUUUUAUGGAAAUACUUUUCAGCCUGAGAAUCUAAUUCAAGAGCACAUUCCAAAAAUAGUAGGCGGAAAUUCUGUUAUUAGAGGGAGGGAUUUUAAACAACAUGAAUUCAAACUUAAAGUUGAUUUUGCUUCAUCUGAAUCCGGUGCAAAAAUAAUAUCAUUCGCUCCUGCUAUUACCACGGUGCAAAAUAUACAAUUACAGGAUAAAAAUGCAUACAUGCUUGUCCCUUGUAAAGAAGUAUCAUGGUUCAUUCUCUCAUUUAAUGAUAAAAUAUACCUUGAGCAUAUAGCUCUUACAUUCCUAGAACAUUAUGCGUCCACUUUUAAACUAAUAAGAAUUUCUGCCAGUGAUGCAUUUCCUUCUUCAAAUUGGAAUACUCUAGCUGAAAUUGAAACUCUGGUUACUAGAAGUGAUGAGAUUUUUGACAUAUCUGAAUCAUGUAGGUAUUUAGAACCAUCAGGAUGCUGGGCUAGAUAUUUAAAAGUUGAGAUGUUGAGUCAUCACACUAUUGAAAACAAUUACUACUGCUCAUUAACAACAUUUAGAGUUUAUGGAUUGACAGCUGUUGAAGUUCUGGAGAAUGAAAUUUCAGGAAAAAAGGAUUCAUAUUUAUCUAGUUCAGAAGAAAUUGUAUAUUCUCAGGGAUAUUCAUAUUAUGAUUUAACUCCUAAAUUGAAGAAAUUGGCUUUGUUCAUUAAGUCCAGGUCUUUUCAUAGGCCAUCAGAAUCUCGUACUGUUUUAGAAAAUUUUCAAUUUGAUCAAAUUUUUCAUAUUUCUUUAUUAGAGGAAAUAUAUGAUCCUGAAUAUGGGAACUAUGAUCAAGAUGAUUUAACCAUUCUCAAAGAUAAAUUUGAAUGUAGACAUUUUGAAAAACCCCCAUUGGAAUUUAAAAAAUCAUGUAAAAUUAUACACAAUAUUGCAUGGGCAUGUUAUGGACAAGUUUCCGACUUUACGCGAGAUGGUAUUUAUAACAUUACCUUGAAAUCAAAUCAAUUUAGUGUUAAUCUUAAUAGUUACCAAUUAAUAUCAUAUAUCUGGGAUAAUUUGUGCACAUUACACUUAAUACCUCUUGGUUACAUUAAUGCUGGAGAAUUGUUUAAUGCAGUAUACAACAAAAAUUUGCCCAUUUAUAGCCCCUUGAUCCACAUUAUUUCUAUCAAAUAUUGUAUGGAAAUUAGAAUUUCAGUGUCAUCUAAUUUUAAAAAGGAACUGUUAAGAAGAGCAGCACUUAGAAUAAUUUCGAAGACGAUGUUUCCUCGUCGGGAAUUUGAUGUUCCAAAUAUGCAUAAUUAUACAGGGAACUUUUAUGGCAUUUCAUCUGAUUUUGUAGCUUAUGAUUCUAGGGGGAAGAUUAAUUCUAAGAUCCAACCAGGUACCCAAUCCACUAAUUCCCCUAAAAAAAAAAUGGCACAACAACCCUCAAAUAGUGUCAAAUCGCACAGGGAUAAGAUACAGUCCAGUAAGCACGUUCUUCUAAGCAUUUCCGAACGCAUGAAAGUUACGGAGGCUGAAUAUAAAUCUAUAAAACUAGAGUUGGACGCUCUCAUGGAAUUUCAUCGUGAAAAUUUUUCGAUAAUUCAAAGUCUUACUAGGGAAAAUUUACAUCUAUCAGCGUCUUUGCAUGAUCUGAAGGAAAAGGUUCAAUCCAUAUGUUUGGAUAAAAAUGAAUAUAAAAAUAUGUGGAUAAGAUUUAUUCUAAAGUGUCUAAUGUUGUUUAAAUCGAGCCUAAGCAUUAUAGCGGUGGGAAUUGCCAUAUAUUCCUUGUAUCAUAAUUUCCGAAUGAAAUCAGAUAUUAUUGAAUAUCAACGACAACUAGAUGAAUAUAAAAAGAAAAAUACCUCUUGA